GGGUAGUGGUAGGUAGUAGUAGUAGUGGUAACAGCCUGUAGGGGGCAGCCGGUUGAAGAAGCUCCACAUUAACUCAACCCAAAGAAGCAGCACUUCCUCCCAAGCUGUUUCCAUGGUAAUCAGGCAUGGCGCCCGGAAGCCAACCAAUUCUCUCAUCCACUCCCCUGCAGGUGCUCUUCUACCUGAACAGCUGGUACUUCGCUGCCUUCUACCUGGCAGAGAUCCUCAUGUUCAUCUAUAAAGGGAUUUUACUGCCCUACCCAUCUGAUAAUCUGGUUCUGGAUGUGGUUCUACUGCUGCUCUUCCUCGGUUUGGAGACUCUCCGGAUCUUUUAUGGUUGGAAGGGGAACUUGUGUGAGCGCUCUCUGGCCUCGUGCGUGUCGCUCUUCAUCCUGAUCCCCUGUGUGGCGCUGGCUGUUUACUACCUGCUGCUGCAGACCUUCGUUCUGCGGCUGGAGUUCCUCCUCAGCGCCGUCCUGCUCUGCUUCUAUGGCCUCGAGUUCCUGCUUGGACUUCUCUCUGUGUCCGCCUUCUCCAGGUCCAAAGUUUACUGAAACAUCCUGACUUCACCUGAAACAGAGCAGCAGGGCCGAUCAACACAGGAUGGAAAAUGUACAGACGCCACGUUGUAAAUAAAACAUUGUCUAUUUUGGUAUUGAAAUAU